AUGUUUGGAACCAAGACUAAUGUUUACUUGGCUGUGAUUCACAGGAGCGAACGUGCUUUUGGACCGGAAAGAAUGACGACGUUGCCGUUGCUCUUGCACGCUGCGGCGUUAGUGGUGGAGCGAGCCGUUUGCCACGCGGGAACGUUCGUGCUGUUGGUGACGUUUUUCACCGUGCAGCGGAUCUGCUUGCCGCACGCGGCCAAUUUUUUGGUGGACUCCUUCGUUAUUCCCUUGCUGACGAAACACGUGAGGGAUAAAAUGGAGCGGAAGUUUACCAAGGGAUUGAUCCGCCCGGGAAUGGCGGCCCAACUUCGUGAGACCGUGAGCCAGGUGGUAAAAGAAACAGAAAAUCAAACGAAAUUGGCUCGUGCCGAACCAGUAGAUUAUGAAGCUUUCAUGAACAAGCAUAAGACGCUCAUCGUGAACGACGUUGAUCGUGACAUGUUGCUCUUCCCUCAAGACGACGUUUCGCUGAAGAGUGUUCCGCGGGAGUGUCGGACGUCUGUUCCGACAGUGACCGGGGAAAUGGUUUCCAAUUCAAGCUCAGUGUUCGUGAAAGAGUGCCUAAAAUCCUACCUUGCCGAGUGGAAAGUUGUCGAUUACAAAUAUGCUCAGUUUUCUGGCCCCUACUUGAAUUUACCAAGGUUUCCCAGGACCCUUAACCUCCAAGAACUUGUGUACGAAAUAGAUCUUGACAAUGAAGAUGCAGAAUCCGUGACGUUGGGGGGAGUCGCUUGUCCCGAAGCCGUUGCGAAAGAAGGAUAUUUACUAAAGGGUCCCGAAGGUGGCGGCGACUGGCUUUUCGGCAAUAUCGGUUCCAAGGCCCUCAAGCGUCGUUUUGCCCGUCUACGCCAAAGCGGCGACGGAACCUAUCUCCUCGAGUUCACUAAAGACGAUCAACCCAAAGGAACGAUAGUUUUGGAUUUUGCUCGUGAAGUGACCCGAGCCACGAGGCGAGGUCGCAAUGCUUUCGAGAUCAGAACCGGAUCGGGUGCAGGAAGGAAGAACUAUAUUUUGGCCGCAGAGACUGAGGAAGAUUUGGUGGAUUGGCUGGAGAAACUGGGAAGGGUCAUCACGCAAAAUGCGAGGCUGGAUGGCGGCAUUAGAACGAUGCCUACACCUCCAUUGUGUACCUUGCCAAGUUCGGAUUUGGGGAUUGACUGCGAUGGGCAUUUUGCAACUUUGCGAGGAUUGGAACAAAGCUUGAAUCCCCAGUUGACAAAGUAUGCUAAGGAAACGGAAGCCACAAUUUCUCAUCGAAGGAAGGAAAAUCGACAAGGACUUUUCCACGUGUAUCCUGACAUGCCGAGAUGUCCAGUGGAAGAACCGCCGAGUCUGGAAGACCAGGCACCUCCUUGGCAAGAAGGCCAUGGAUAUGGUUUGAAAGUUGCCUUCAAAGAUAUCAAGCUUUUCUUCAAACUCUGCUGUCCGUCGACGAACUCGCCUGGCACUCCCGUUGAACCCUAUUAUACCUCCGUUGCCUUGUUUGACGCUCGUAUCGGGAUUAAACUCUCGGAGGAUUUCCAUUUUGAUGUGAAUCCAAAUUCCGUGAAGGAGUUGGUCGAAAACGAAGAAAGGACGCCCGGCGAAAGUGUCAUUUCUGCUUUGCCGCACUUGGAAGGGCUAUCAGUUGAAUGGCUUUCUGCUGCUGAUCAGGCAUUAUUCUCGAUCAUGUCUUCAUCGAAAUCCGAUAUUUACAUCGUGCUGAGGAUUGAAAAGAUUUUACAAGGCGGUCUAGUAAGUGUGGCGGAGCCGUAUAUUCGGAAUCCUAGCCAGAAGAAUGGAGAGAAGGUGCAAAAAGCUUUUCAUGCUUACGCUCAGAGGUUGGGCCAGUACAAGAUGCCAUUUGCUUGGGCGACGUGUCCCUUGUUCUCCCUGAAUGGGAAACUGGAUACAUCGCAACGAACGUUGUCUUUGUAUCGUGUGGAUCCUUGCAAAUUUUCGGACGCGGACCUUGUUCGGUUGUUACCCGAUGUGAAGAGGCUGGAGAAGGAAAGCAAGUUGCCGAGGAUCCCGGGAUAUUUCUCUUUCAGGCUCGAACGUAUCCUCGGCGUUCCAUCUAAUACUCUGACGUCGUCGUUGAUGCCUGUCAUUCCGUUCCCGAUUCCUGCGACGCAUCCGAUGACACUCGAAGUUCAAGAAUUUCCUUCAUCCCGAGUAGAACAAUCGUCGCCGCAUUUGUCCUUCUUCAAUAUGCUGUACGUGUACCCCCUGUCGCUGAAAUACGAUGGACAGAAAACUUUCUCGAGGGCGAGAAAUAUUGCGUGUUCUGUUCAACUGAAGAAUUCAGAUGCUGAAGAUGCGCAGCCACUUUUGGCUGCAGUUGGCAGAAGUGGAGAAUCCAUUUUGAACUACCGAACCGUGACUUCCGUGUCACAUCAUAGUCCAAAUCCGGAUUUCUAUUUGGAAGCGAAAUUUUUGCUUCCGCCUGAAGUCAGCUCGAAGAUGCAUUUGUUGUUCACGUUCAGUCAUGUUUCUUGUGAGCCUGCGAAAAAACGCGAAUCGGUUGUUGAGAGCGUUGUUGGAUACGCUUGGUUGAUGUUGUCUGAAAACGGAAGGUUGAAUAUCGGGGAUCAUCAUUUGUCAGUUGCUGCUGCGCUUCCUCCGGGCUAUCUCAGUGUCGAACAUCUCGGAUUGUGUAAAGGGUUUGUCGGCCCGGAAAUCAAGUGGGUAGACAAUCAAAAACCGUUGUUUUUGCUUCGUGUGACGACUGUGAGUUCAGUUCAUUGUCCGGAUUCUCACAUGCACGCAUUUUUUGCUCAACUUCCGCUGGACGUAUUGCUCGGGGAGCGAUCAAAAGAGAAGGAAGGCAAGAGUUUGUCUGAUGUGACCAAAGAAGUUUCCAAAUUCGUUAAGGCUCUUCAUGCAGUGGAACCUUGUUGGUUGUUGAGAUACCUGCAACCUGUGUUGUGUCGCCUGUUUUCUUUACUGAUCGUUUGCCCGAACGAUGAGGACAUCCAACUCAGCGUUGCCAAAACUGCUGUCCACAUCGUUCAUCAAGCUGAAAUGGCUGAGCAUCAGGACACUAUGCUUGCCUACACGAAGUACGUGUUCGAUUUGGACGCUUUGGCUACUGGUGCCAUGAAAGAAAUGAAGGAGGGUGACGAUGGAGUCACACUGCAUGAACAGAUGUGUCGAGCUUUAACUCUACUGCUUCGACCGGCAAAUACGGACGCGUUGGUGAUAAACAAGUUUUUGCGGCAUACUGGGUUUUUCUUUAGGUUACUCGCCAAAACCAUGGCGCAGUACCUGCUCAUCACGGGUAGAAUCAAGAUGCAACGACAUGAAAGAUUCUCUGGCGACUUUCAUUACCGACUGCAGUCCUUAUUGCAAGCUUUGUCGCCGCAUAUCAUCCAGAAACACAAGGAUUUGGCUCCUGAAACGAGAGAGGCGAAUUUUUGCGUAGCGCAUUUCAUCAAGAGAUGCAUGUCCUUGACGGAUCGAGGAUUUGCUUUCCGAUUGAUCGCGUUUUACAUGGAGAAAUUCGGUCCUGGAGAUCCGCAGUUGUUGCACGAAUUCAAGUUUGAUUUUAUCCGUGAGAUCAUUUCGCAUGAGCACUACGUCCCGCUGAAUUUGCCGGUUAUUCCUGGGAAAAGAACGAAAGAAGAAAUGGCUUCCAAGUUUGUGUUGACACCGGACUUCCUGUCGCAACAUUAUUUGUCCGGAGUUCUGUUGAAGGAAUUGAAAUUCGCCCUCAACGAUUUCCCUGCGACCCGUCGCCUUGCCGUGAACAUUUUGCGGAAUAUUUUGGCGAAGCACUCGUUUGAUGAACGAUAUCGCAAUGAUUCUCAACAAGGACGAAUAGCAAUGCUUUAUUUGCCAUUGAUCACGAUCGUACUUGAGAAUGUUUCCCGAUUGGACACUGCGGAUCCAGGAAACGCUGGCAAAACAGGAACCAUUGUUACAGACACACAUUCUCGAAGCCAGAGUCAAGCACUCAGUUUUACGGAAAGCAACUUUUCCGCUGGAACUUCAACAAUUUCCUCACGAUCUAGUUUUGUUGAAAGCGUGGCGCUUUCUACGGAAUCGUCGGUGCUCGAUAUGAUUGCUGGUGGUACAACGCUUCCUGCGGGCUGCAAAUUGUCCGUCACCGGAGCGAUAAUUCCGCCUGCCGCCAAUUCCCCUUCGAAUCUGCGCUUCAGAAGACAUCAUCGUGGCUCUGAGUGUACGCUUACGAAUGGAUCGAUCGGUGGGGUAGAAUCCGUUUUGGACGAAGAAGACGAACCGGAUGGGGAAGAUGACGACACGCCGACACCGACAGGUGCUUCGCCCGCUGCGACGAGAUCCAGUGCUACGAGUAUUUCGACGAGUACCGAAAAAUCGACCCACCGUAGGGUAGCAAGCAUGGUCACAGCGCAGAACUUCAGGAAAGACAAGUUGACAACAGGAGAGGUGAAAGAGUUGCUGCUUUGUUUCCUUUGGGUUGUGAAACACGUGCCGCAAGAAUUUCUAUUGGCCUGGUGGAAGCACGCUGCCAAUGACGAUAUCUGGGCAUUCUUCCGAGUAAUUGAGGUACCAAGCAUGGUCACAGCGCAGAACUUCAGGAAAGACAAGUUGACAACAGGAGAGGUGAAAGAGUUGCUGCUUUGUUUCCUUUGGGUUGUGAAACACGUGCCGCAAGAAUUUCUACUGGCCUGGUGGAAGCACGCUGCCAAUGACGAUAUCUGGGCAUUCUUCCGAGUAAUUGAGUUAGCGCUGAUGGAGUUUAGAUACCGGGGCAGAAGUUCAGCGCAAAAGUAUCCGAAUCAUUCACCCGGACGAGGACACACGUAUCAGUCUUCCGGAAGUGCCAGUCUCCAGUCGAAAUUUGCCUCUUGGCGAAGCGGAAGCGACAUUGGCGACGGGGACACGUUGAGAUCCGAACACGGAACUGCUGCUAGCACACCUCGCAACAGCGUGGGUGGACACGGAUAUCCGGCGUUGGUACCUGAGCAAGAAGCGCCAUUGGGUCCAGCGGACCAUUGUGUGAUGGAGGGGCAUCUGGCGGCAGAAUUGGGCAUGAUUGCGUUGGAUUGUCUCGGGCUGUACUCCUCCCACUUCUCCAACAGGCUCUUGGCGGAUUGUGGCACUGGUGUGGGAAGGAACCAGUUGAUGCGCAAGUGCUUCGACAUCUACUUGUACUUUCUGCAAGUCAGCCACGCCGAAUCAGUAAUGGAGCAUGCGUUUGCUGCUUGGAGGGCAUUUUUGAACGCGUAUUCAUCUCAAGUGCUUUUUGGAGGAGACGGCGAAUUAUGCGGAUUAUUGUGUUACGAAUUACUGAAGGCGUGUAACAGCAAGCUAGCAUCGACAAGAUCCGAUGCCGCUGCUGUUCUUUAUCUCUUGAUGCGCUCCAAUUUCGAGCUCUCUCAGAGGAAGUCCAUGACCCGUGUUCAUCUGCAGACGAUAAUAGGAGUCUCCCGGUUGCUCAGCGAGGUCGUGUCGUUGAACAGUCCUCGAUUCCAAGAAUCCCUGUCGCGACUCAACUCAUUGGCCGCCGCCGACUCUGCCAUGCGAAACACAGGCCUGCGAUCCGCAGUUUGCGAAGUCACGCGUCGUGUCCGAGCCGUGCUCAUGGCCACCUCGCAACUGCGGGAAGCUGCGGCGGAUCCGGAAACGAUGGCGGACUUGCAGCUCCGUUUGGCCGCCUCCUACGCCGCCACGCCCCAAUUGAGACAAACUUGGUUGGAGAGCUUGGCCAAGGUGCAGGCCCGGGCUGGACACGCAUCGGAGGUGGCCAUGUGUCACGUGCACGUGGCGGCGUUGAUGGCGGAAGUGUUGAGGCAUACGGAGGCUGGGUUUAGGAUUGGAGCUGCGGAUUUUGCGUCGGUGUCGCCGAAUGUACCGUUGGAGGAGGCGUUGUCGCUGAAGGAGACGACUGCAGAGAUGCAGGAAAUACCGUAUACAGAAGACACGGUUGUGGAAGAGUUGAUCAAAGCUGCCGAGUGGUUUGAGAAGUCGGAACGUUGGGAAUGUUUGCUGGAAGUUUACAGACUCGUGACACCGUUUUACGAAGCGAAGCGGGACUUUGCCGCCCUUUCCGAAUGUUUUUCCAGACUCCAAUUUGCCUGCAAAAAGGUUUCCGACUCCAAUUAUGCCAAAAGAAGAUUACUCGGCACUUACUUCCGGGUGGCGUUUUAUGGAGAGGGUUUUUUCGACGCAAUGAGUGGGAGAUCAUUCCUGUACAAGGAACCCAAAGUGACGUCGUUGGCAGAGUUUUCCGAGAGAAUCAUGGAUAUUUUCACCGAGAAAUUUGGCAAAGGCGUCGUUAGAAUUAUCCAAGAUUCUUCACCUGUGAAUUUAGAUGAACUUGAUCCGCAAAUGGCGCACAUUCAAAUUACUCACGUCACUCCGUUCUUUGACGAACAUGAGUCUGUGACGAGAGUUUCCGAGUUUGAGAGAAACCACAAUAUUUCUCGAUUCGUGUUUGAAACGCCUUUCACGGUAGAUGGAAACCGCGCCCACGGAAAAAUUGAGGAUCAGUGGAAGAGGAAAACUAUUUUGACGACUUCACAUUGGUUCCCGUACAUGUCGAAAAGAGUUGACGUGGUUACUCAGCAAGUUGAAGAACUGAGUCCAAUAGAAGUUGCAGCGGAAGAAAUGUCAGCGCGUGUUGCUGGCUUGAAACUUGUGGUACAUGCUCACCCACCGGAUAUCAAACGUUUGCAAUUGCUUCUUCAAGGAAGCAUAAGUGUCCAAGUGAAUGCUGGACCCUUAGCUUACGCUCAAAGUUUUUUAACUCCGGAAGCUGAGGAUUGUUAUCCGAGUACACAAGUGGCAAUCUUGAAGGAUAUCUUCAGGCAAUUCAUCGCAAUUUGCGGAGUGGCAUUGGACCUGAACGAAUCUCUAAUUCAGUCGGUACAAAGGGACUAUCAGGCCGCCUUAAGACAGAGCUACGGGAGACUACGAACAUCACUCGCAGAUCUGAUUGGUAGUGGAAGUGCUAGUUUGAGCACUGCGGGACUGGAAUCUCCGUUGCUAGGGAAUUCCCUGGCUCGGGUAAACACUAGGUCUUCGAUCCAUUCAAACACGUCGUCCAGAACCUCGUCAACCCUAUUCAGCGUGAUAAGCGGCACGUCCGGAUCUAGUGAUGCCUGAAAUUUUGUUGUUGAGGAUGCGAGAUGAAGUUGAGUGAUUUUUUUUUUCUUCAUAUAUUUUCAAUAAGAUUCCUCUCGAUUUUCGCUUGUUAGAAGUGCUUCAUGUUCAGCUAACUUCGCGGCGCCUGUGAAAAGUAUGCGAAUUACUUUCAAAACCCCCUUUUUUUUGCUUUUUGACCAAAAGCAAUAUUUAUUGCGUGAUAUGAUCAGAAAUCCGGGAACCUGUUUUUAAAUUCCUCUCCUCCAUGCUAUUUUUUUGGAUUUUAUCCCGAUUCUAUUCCCUUUCGAUCCCACAUUCUUGGUGUUUUUCUUGUGAUGUCCGUGACUAGAUCAUAUUUUGUGAUAUGUUUUCGUACAGUGUUUGGCAGGAAUUUUACGAGCAGAAAUGACAACCUUAGUAUCCGGUUUUUUUGUAUUUUUGAAACGCGGAUGAUCCGAUUUUUUUUUUUGUUUCAGCCAAAGAAAAUUUGUUCGAUUACCAGUCAAGAGUAGUUGACGAAUAUUUCAUGGGGGUUUUGUAAGCGGAACACUUCUGUGCCAGAGAUUUCUUUUUUUUUCAUUGAUUUUUCUGAGAGCGUGGUUGAAAUGAAUUAUUUGUCUAGUCCCGUUAUUGAACGGUCUUCUGAAAUGAUUGUAUCGAUCUGUUAGAAGUGCCAAUGCAUGCUUACUAAUCGCCAAACAA